AUGCGUUCCGAUCAUACCUUCUCCAAUUUCCCAAACGAUAACGACCCUAUCUUUGUCUCGCUCGGCAUGGUAGUCCUAGACGAGAUUCGCUUCUCCAAUGUUACAAUCCUUUAUGACAUCGCGGGUGGCUCAGGCUUGUACAGGAGCGAUUUUCCCGAUUCCGUGGAACAGAUCAAUCCCUCCAGCCUGUCCACUCGAGGUCUCCUUGUGUAUCCGAGGGAUGGCUUCGGGGAGAGAAAGUUCCGAUAUACCACCCCUCCGCUGCAACCGACUCCUGCUGGCCUCUGCGGCUCACCACUACUCCGGUCCAAAUUUCAUUUUCUGGCUUCUCCGGAGCUGACGGCCACGUUUGCAGCCGACCUCGCUGGGCUCCGUGCUUCGGCCGGAGCCGCCUCGCUGCCACUCAUGGUCUGGGAGCAGCUCCAUCUGAGCUGCAACCCGGGGACCCAAAAUGAACAUCUCCAGGCCGCCAAGUCUCUGGACAUAUACUCGCACAAUCACCUCGAGUCUUGGCCUCGUUUGGCUCCGAUGACGGUGGCGGGCCAUCUCCGGAGUUUGACCACACAAAGAUCAAGAACAGGUGCUCCGAGUCUUGGAAUCCGGGUUGGGAAAACGUGGCGACGGCGCGUCGUGAUCCGCUGCGGUGAGCACGGCUGCGUAAUUGCCACAUUCCACGAACCAUGUCGUGUUGUGGAUGCCACCGACGCGGGAAAUGCAUUUCUUGGGGGCUUCGCAGUCACUCUUAGCAUUACGUCGGACCUUACCGAGGCCGCCAUUGCUGGUUCUGUCGCUGCGAGUUCUGUCAUUGAACAAAAUGUGGACCGGAGAGACAUUCUCAAGCCAAGGCUGAACCAUCUCGUGCCAUGCUCGAGACACCUGCCGAUGGACGGGGCUACCCUGAAGUGA